CAAGCGCAACGCGUACGGUUUGAUUCUUCGGCUUCUUCGACUUUUGCUUUCCGAUCGUGCGUGGUUCCACACAGGUUCGAGCGGUUUCGCCUGAGGUUUCACUUCGAUAUCUGUGAGCGCUGACUGCUUCGUAGAUGUAGCUUUGAUUGCACAAGACUUAUGGCACGAUUUCGAAGAAAUCCAGAACAGUCACCGGAAUCCAGAACAGUGUCUCCUUUCGACAGAAGAGAUGUUCCAAAAGAGGCACGAUAUCCAUAUAUUGGUGGACGGCGAGACGAGGGCCCAAGGAAGUCCUCCCCGCUUGUCCUCGACGCAGCAAAGUUGCACGCAUUGCAGAAGAACCAGUACUGGCUGACACGAAUUGUAUUUUUACGCUCUCUUGGAUUUGUUUAUGCUGUUGCAUUUCUUGUUGCCCUCAAUCAAAACAAAUAUUUGGUGGGUAAACAGGGACUUCUUCCAGCACACCAUUACAUGGAAAGGAUUAAAGACAUGUACAAAGGCUUCCACACUGAGACACUGCUGCGAGUUCCGACCAUAAUGUGGCUCCACGAAUACAUUGAUGCUGACACGUUGCUUGACUGCAUAGCAUCUGUGGGCACCAUCCUAGCAUUAGGCAUCACAGUGACAGGAGCAGCCAAUGCAGUCUCUCUCUUUCUCCUGUGGAUUUUAUACCACUCCCUUGUAAACGUAGGACAGCUAUGGUACUCAUUUGGUUGGGAGUCCCAGCUGCUUGAAACUGGCUUCUUGGCAAUUUUUUUCUGUCCUAUCUGGACAUGGAAGCAGCUGCCGCGUGGCACACCUCCUUCGCCUGUCGUCGUGUGGGGCUAUCGCUGGCUCCUUUUCCGUAUCAUGCUUGGUGCUGGCUUAAUCAAAGUGCGAGGUGACAAGUGCUGGUGGGAGCUGACAUGCAUGAUGUAUCACUAUGAGACCCAGCCAGUGCCCAAUCCACUUAGUUACUACCUUCACCAAACUCCUCCAUUUAUUCACAAAUUGGAAGUUCUCGGGAAUCACAUUGUUGAGCUAAUUGUGCCAUGGUUCAUGUUGCUGACAAGACCGUUCAGGAUAGCUUGUGGAAUAAUUCAGAUAUCAUUUCAGGUGAUCCUGAUUAUGAGUGGAAACCUGAGUUUUCUCAACUGGCUGACAAUCUUGCCAUCGAUACCCUACUUUGAUGAUGCUGCACUGAAAUGGAUGUUCAGCAAAAAGACUUCCAACCAAGUGGCAUUGCUGGCAAAGGAAGCAGAGGAAGAAAAAGGGAAGCAUAGCAAAGGAAGGAAGGCUACAAAUAUGGCCCUUGCACUAUGCCUUGGUUUUCUAAGCAUACCAGUUGUGAUCAAUCUUUUCUCGCCAAACCAGCAGAUGAACACAUCCUUUGAGCCCCUGCGUCUGGUUAACACCUAUGGAGCAUUUGGAAGCAUAACAAAAUCUAGAAGAGAGGUUAUAAUUCAGGGAACACACAGCCCGGACCCACACAACAGAAGUGCUGUGUGGGAAGAGUAUGAAUUCUUCUGCAAGCCUGGCAAUGUCUUUAGGCGACCCUGUGUCAUCAGCCCAUAUCACUACAGGCUCGACUGGCUGAUGUGGUUUGCUGGCUUUCAGGACUACCAGAGCCACCCAUGGCUUUUCCACUUUGUUGCAAAACUAUUAGUCAAUGACAGAAAUGUUUCUAAAAUCAUCUUAAAAAACCCUUUUAUGGACAGAGAACCACCAAGGUACAUCAGGGCAGAGCACUAUCGCUACAGGUAUGCUCCAAUUGGCAGCUCCCACGCAAAGGCUGGCCAGUGGUGGAUACGCUCACGUGUUGGCUCCUAUAUGUACCCAGUUUCGCUGUCCAGCUUGAAGCCACUUUUGAAGAAUUUUGGCUGGGAAAUGUCAUCUAUGUGAAUUGAACCUUGUAGUGCUGAUGAACAGUGCCAUGUCAGUGAAUGAACAGUGGCAGUUGAGAUCUUUCCCCCACCUCCCUUUCUUUUUCUAGCCUGCAUGUUGAAUUUGUAACAGUAAAAAGUAGCUUUCUGUCCUUUGUGCUGUGGUCAUUUCUGCUUACACUGAAAAACACAUUGCACUUACUUUUAUACUUUCUGUGAUGAGCAGAAGAAGGUUAGAGGGUUGAAAAUUAUGAAGGACCACUGAAACAGAACCUGAGUGCCAAAAUUAACAGCGGCAGCUGCUCCCCUACUUUCUCUUGCAGCGAUUUGCUUUUUAUGGCUUGCAUUGCUAUGAGCUGUCACUGUGAUUACCUUGUUGCUGUGGCAGAAUUGUGACCAGCUGAAAGGAACCCAGAAAGACAACUUCUGUUAACGGUGGUGGCAAGGUUCUGCCUCGGUGACCCUUUGUAAUGUUUAUUUAGCCCAAGAGUUCUAUCACCACAGGAGGAAUUCUAAGGUCACUACUGCGUGCACAGGCUGCCAGUGCUGAGGCGUUCCUAUGGCCAUAAAGCCCCUUGCGUGUGCAGGGAGCAGCUCGUAAAACUCUGUGGCGUCCUAGAGCAUUUGGGACUCGUAUUCUGGCUGCUCUACGAACUGUAUAUAUACUGGCGGAAUGUGGGGCCGUGCCACAAACACUGUGAUGUAUAUGACACAUGAACUAAGGUAGAAGCAAUUACUUAGUCGCAAAAUGCAUAAAAGUGCAGAUAGCCUUCUUACUAUCCAUCCUCUCUUCUUGUCCUUUACUUGAUAUUUCUUCCGUCCCCAUCUGCUAGCCGCCAUUCAGGUGUAGGCCAUAAUGUUGGACAGUGCAGUCAGCAGGAAUUCCUUUCCUUCAUCUUUUUCUAUUAGUGUAAUACACCAGCCAUUUGCACACCAACUUGGCUUUAAUGUAUGUAUGUAUGUAUGUAUGUAUGUAUGUAUGUAUGUAUGUAUGUAUGUAUGUAUGUAUGUAUGUAUGCAUGUGGUCAGUGUGCCCUUCUAGUUCACUGUAGUAUAGCUGCAUUGUUUGCAAGAUUGAUGCAUACAUUUGCUUCUGUUGGAUUCGCUUUUGGGUCCCAUUACUUAAAAAUUGCCUGUUGGGGAAUAUGUGGGAUCGCUUUUACUAUGACAAUAUUGCUCACAAUACCAAACACAGAGCCCAGCUUUCUGGUAAUACUGACAUUAGGUUAGAAUACAUAUGCUUCCAGUAGAAUUCUUUAUCACUGCUGUUAGUUUUUCACAAUGGUUACAAGUGUUAGGCAACAUCCAUGCAAAUACGUGAAGCUAGUAUGGAGGUUGUGCAAGAUUACUAGUUUUGUCACAUGACCCACAGACGGGUAUACAAACACAUUGAGAGCUCAAAGAACCUGUAACAGCUACCACUGUAAAGGUGAUAAAAAUGUGGGAGGCUUGGCUAGUUCGUUUUAGUACAGAUAAUGUCCGUCAGGAUGUUGAAAGGGAGUGUGCUUGUGCACAGUACAUGUUGCUAAUAGUAAAUUACGAAAGUUUAAAGGAAGAUGGAAACUUGAAAUGAUGAGGGUAGACGUACAAAAACACGCUGCUAAGGAAAGCAGUUGCUGCCCUGAUGAAAACAAGUCCCCUUGUCAAAACGUUGGUUUAAAGCAACAUUCCUUGUUCGACUACUCCUCAUCAUAAUUGUAAUUUUGUGUUAUCUAGACCGUGUUGUCACCACUCCCAGUGAAAUACUUUGACACCAAUGCCCCCCCCCCCCCCCCCUUUUUUUUUGUCUGCUCUUCAGUACGUGCAUUUAAAGUGUGAACCAUUCUUACCUUUGGUUUUGCUAUCAGUCCUG